UUAGGGGUGCCUGGGUGGCUCAGUUGGUUAAGUGUCCGAUUCUUGAAUUUGGAUCAGGUCUUGAUAUCACAGUUGUGAGAUUGAGCUGCGCAUCAGGCUCCUUACUGGGUUUGGACCUUGCUUAAGAUUCUCUCUCUCCUCUCUCUGUCCCUUCCCCGCUUGUGAAUGUGCAAGAAUAUUUUAAAUAAUGUCUUUGUAAUAGAUACCCAAAAUUCUUUAUUGCUCCAGAUUUACUCUAGAUAUUACCUCUUCUUAAGCACUUUUUGUACAGUAGUUUUUUACAGAAACAUUCAAAAGUUGUUUUGCUUCCCAUCAAAGUUCUCCCCUAAAAUCACUAAAGUAUAAUUUGAACUAAAACUUUAUUUAGACAUUUGAAAAAUAGCAUAUUUAAAUAGAUUAUUUAGAACCAGAUUUUCAUCAUUGAACUCUUUUGUGUAGGCAGAAUUAAAAUGGGGCUGAAAUUCCUUUGACUAAAUGAUUACCUCUUUGAUGGCAAUCAUGUGAUCUUUUCUUGAGAGUAUGUUCAUAAGUCAGGUCCAUUGUGUGCCGUCAUCUUUUGUGCAUAUUUCAUCUUCAUAUGGAAAGUGUCAAAUAUGGUAGAUACCCACGAUCAACCAAAGGUAUAUGCUUGUCAGCACUGCCAAUUGGCAAAAAACACAGUUAUUCUAGCACCUAAACAGCACCUUCUCAAGGUGGAGAAUCCGUGGAGUAUAGUUACUGUUGAUCUGAUGGGCCCAUUUCAUGCAAGCAACAGAAGUCAUGUGUAUGCUAUAAUCAUGACAGAUUUGUUCACAAAAUGGGUUGUGAUUUUGCCUCUCUGUGAUGUUUUACCGUCAGAAAUUUCUAAAGCUAUGGUCAAUAUAUUUUUCUUAUAUGGACCGCCACAGAAAAUAAUAAUGGACCAAAGAGAGGAGUUCAUUCAUGAGAUCAAUGUUGAACUAUUUGGAUUGUUUGGCACAAAGCAAAUUGUAAUUUCUCACGCCUCCCAAACUGUUAAUCGAACUGAAAGUACACCUAGCACAAUCAAAGCGUUUCUUUCUAAACACUGUGCUGACCACCCAAACAACUGGGAUGAUCACCUAUCAGCCAUUUCAUUUGCCUUCAAUGUAACUCACUUGGAGCCUACUAAGAAUACACCGUAUUUUCAAAUGUUUAAUCGAAAUCCUUACAUACCUGAGACUUCAGAUAUUCUUCAUGAAGUGGAUGGUGAUGAUACAAGUAUGUUUGCCAAAAUUCUAGGUGCAGUUAAAGAAGCUGGUAAAUUAUCAAUAAUGGAGAAUAAGACAGCAUCAGGAGGACAGGUGAUUCUAUUUAAUAGAAAACUGUAUAAUCUAAAAAUCCAUAAGGUGGAGAACAAUUUUGAGGAACUAAAUAAAAGCAAAAUCAUUGUUAAAAAGAAACCAAAGCAGUUAAAUCCAUUUCAUCUAAAAGUGGGUCAUGAAGUUUUAAGACAAAGGAAGAAUUGGUGGAAGGAUGGUCGUUUCCAGUCUGAAUGGGUUGGUCCUUGUGUCAUAGACUAUAUUACCGAGAGCGGAUGUGCUGUUCUGAGAGACAACACCGGGACUAGACUUAAAAGACCUAUCAAAAUGUCCCACCUUAAGCCCUAUGUAAGAGAAUCCAAUGAACAAGAUAGUCUUUAUCUCUUACAAGGUUCAGUAGUGGCAGAUCAUGACUACAUCGGAUUGCCUGAAAUUCCAGUUGGAGCAUACCAAGCAAAUAUUCUGGUAGAAGAUGCAACUAUUGGCGUAGUCGAUAAUGAAUUACUGACAUCAAGCAAAGAUGGUGAACUAUUAGACUAUAGAAGUGCCAAAAUCUCUCCAUUGAUGGAAGAUCAUAGUACUCUUGAAAAGCAGACUUUCAGUCUGUUGGACUCUUCAAACCAAGUUCUUGAGUACUUAAGGAGAAAUUUGAACACAGACUCAAGUGGAAUGCCAUAUGAAGAGGAAGGUAGGGAAUGGGCAGAUAUCUUCUACAGGCCAAAGAAUGCCAAAGAUUACUAGCAAAGCUCCAGCAACUAAGUAAGGAAGGGGCAUGGAACAGAUUCUUGCUCACGGGCCUCAGAAGGAAUCAUCCCUGUUAACAUCUUCAUUUUAGAUUUGUAGCCUAUAGAACUGUGAGGCAAUAAAUAACCUUUUUUUAUACACAA